AUGAAGCUUAAUAGGACUGAACAGCUUCCUAGAUCCAAAACUCCUGUAGCUUCUCCAAGACGAAUAUCAUCUCCAUCAAUGACAUUACCAACUGGUGUCAAAAAUCUUUCCGAAUUAACACCACUUCAAAUUUUUCAGAAAGAAUUUCAUCAACUCGAAAGUAUGAUCACAAGACUUCGUCAGCUACAUAUUCCAAAUGGAGUUGAUCGGAUUUUCACAAAUUUUGCCUCUCUGAAAUCUCGUUAUUCAAAAUUUUGCUCGAAUUGUUCGGUUUUGGCAAAGAGAAUUGCGUUAAGAAAUACUCAAGUUGAAAUUGGACCAGAAAUAAAAGAAAAUUGCAGACAAUUUACACUUGAUUUCGGUGAAUUACUAUUAUCAUUCGAAAAUAUCGAUAAUUCAAUGGAAAGUUUAUACACAGAUCAUUUGUUUAUGCUAGUAAAAUCCAUGGCUACGAAUAUUAAUAAAUACGGAGCAAUAUGUUAUUCUGAUCAUCGAACUCGGUCAAUUUAUCAGCAAUACGAAUCAUUUUUAAAACAGAAUCUAGAUCAAGCGCAAAUUGACUUACAUGAUUUUCUUCAAGAUGCCAAUUUUGAUGAAAUUACUCCUGAUAAAUCUUCGCAUAUUAUCGAAAGAUAUAAACAAAUUUCCAGAAAGAUGGAAAUCGAGAUACCUCAUGUUAUGAACCUUCAAAGACUAGUGGUUCCUAAUGGUGAUUCUUUAAUUAAAUUAUUCCAUGCUGAUUUUGUAGAAUUUAUUCCUUUAUUAAACGGAAUUCAUAAUUUUGUCCAUGAAAUUACAGAAAUAUUCGAGAAAAUUCCAUCUUUUUCAACUGCUUUACAUAAUCUUAUUGAAAGUGUUGGAUUGCCUACAUCUCAACAGCAAACAACACCACUACCAUCUCCUCGUGCAACUAGUCGAAGUAUUUCGUCAAUGCAAGAGUUUCCUCCUCAUCCACAAGAUCCUUAUGAUAUUUUCAUCCCGCAAAUCUGUUUUCAUCUUGGAUUAGAGGAGCCAAGUGAAUCUACUAAUCAUGAAGAUACACUCCAAGAUAUUCUUAAUACUGUUAAACAACUUCAAGAUAAUCAUAAUCUUGAAGUUCAUAAACUCAACACAAGAAUUGAAGCAUUACAAGAUAUCAAUCCAACAUCUUCUCUUAGUGAACGUAAUAAAGAAAACAGGGAGUUCAAAGAAGAAUUACAAAAGAAAUUUAAUUUAGAAACAGAAAGAAUAUAUAGAGACACAUUGAAUCAGAUACAAAGUCUCAGUCCUGUAAAUAUUUCAUCUAAAUCCGAUUCAACAAAAACAAAAAUUGAUUGUAUAAUUACUAGUGUCCAAGAGACGCUUGACAAUCAAAAGAAAACCAUAUCUAAGCUUAACAAUGAGAUUUCCGAAAGUAAAGAUAUUCUUAGCUCAUACAGAGAAAAACUUAUUGGAAAAGAUACAAAUUCUAAUGAACAUUUACCAAAUAUAAUAGAAAAUACUAUUCAAGCAAUGGAAAAUACAAGAAGGGCACUUGAUCAGGAGCUUAAAAACAUAAAUCCGACUAAUAAUACUUUAGAUGAAUUUCUUCACUUGACAUUAACUGAAUAUUGCAACUACAAACCACAAGAACUCAAGAACUUGACUAAUGAUAGAAUGAGAGAUAUGGUUGGCCGUUUCAUUUUAGAUCAAAAAGAAGAAAUUAAAAGAUUAAAACAAUCUCUCGAAGAAUCAAAUGAAUUAAAUAAGAACACUAACAAAGAAACCAUAAAUGCAUUAAAUCAGUUCAAGACUAAGCUUGAAGAACAACUUUCAAACACAUCUAAAACUCAAAAUACUUUUACUGAUCUCAAAAAACGUAUUUCUGAGUUAUUGGAGUUACAUGAUACAAAAGAAAAUGAAAGAUUUGCUUUCAGACAAUUCCUUUGUAGUUUCUUAUCACAGAUGCUUCAUUCUCUGAAAAUUCCUCAAAUCAGAUUCAGAGAUGCAUCUGAACAACAGCUUAAAGCUGUCAUGUCUUCAAUUCUUGAAGCUCCUGAGAUACAACAGAACUUAGUUGUGUCUUCUCCUCAAUCCUCUGCUCAAGGAUCGAGAUCUCCUUCAAGAAGAAAUUCAAUAAUUGUUUCUCAAAAAUCAAGAGCAAAAAGAGAAGAAUUAACAUUAACUCCUCAAGCUCCUAA